UGGAUCACACUUCGCUAACUUAUGAUUACCAUUAAAAGUAACAAGUUAUCUAACAUUCGCUGAUGGCUGAUGCUGGUCAGACGUGAGUAAAUAUCAACCAAUUACUGCAUUCCUGGCAUCACAUGAGAUUACUACAAGAAAAUUUCUACUGAUAGGAUAUAAACACAACCAGUCAGACUCAGUGCUAUACGUAUAUACCUCCCAGACUCGUCCCUGGCUGCCUGGUUGAGGGGGCGGCCUUGAGGCCGUAGAUCAGCAGCUCAGUCAAACGGACUCAAACCUGGCUUUGUACGACAACUCGACAAGUCCGUCCCCCUGCUAAUUGGCAACCCAUAUGAGUAGUUGUGAUGAGAUGAAAGUGAUCAUAUGGUUAUAAUAAAUGAGCAAUGUUAUGUUACUUUCCCGAGUUGUUUUUAUGCGAGACCACGAGAGAGAUGAGUCAAACUUAUCAAGAAAGAAUUAUCCGCGCUCAGCUGGUCCUGCCUACGACGUACAAGAUCAAAUCAAGUUCGGUUGGAAGAAGGAACCGUAUCGGAAGUUUGCAACUGCGACCUCCCUCGAUAAACUAAACUAUUAACCAAGACAGUUGUGCCUGAACGCAAAAUAUUUUCCUCUGGAGAUUUCGUGAUGACAAUAUUUGACACCAGUUCGUCUUUGAUUGUAGAGCCUGUGAAGACACUUCAAAAGAAGUUAAGAAAGUCUGUUGAUAAAACAAUGGAAGAUAAGCCCCAAGAGGAUUGCUUUAAAUCAUAUCAGGGAUAUUCAGAAACUCUGAAGGCGGCCUCGCAAGGAGCUUGGACCUCACAGAUGCGGAGAAAAGUUAGCAUCAGCACAGCUCAAGAGAGCUCAGAUAUUUGCAAGGACAGAGGAUUGCAAAAUCAUUUAAACCAAACAUUAAGUGCAUCAGUAAAGAAGACAGUAAAUCAGUCUCCUGAUAGAUUUAUUCAAGGAACAAGAUUUCUUGUCGAUAAUUUUGACCACAAUUACACUGGCAGAGCAAAAGGAUAUUUUCUAACAAAUUUUCGUUACAAAAAUUUCCAAGGACUGGGAAAAAAUUUUAGGGAUAACCUUUACUGUAGUCAUAUAACUGCAAAGUUAGUGAAAUUUCAUCUUGGUGUUCCAGUUGAAUUUAUACAACCUCUUUCAUUGAAUGAACCUUAUUCCAUCUGUGAUAUUGAAGUUACCUUUUUAGAUGCCAAUCAUUGCCCUGGUGCUGUGAUGAUCUUAUUCAGAUUUCCUAAUGGAAAUUCUGUAUUAUAUGCUGGUGGUUUCCGAGCACAUCCAAAAAUGGAAUCUUAUCCAUCUUUCUGGAAUUGUGAUAUUCAUACUAUGUACCUUGAUACUACGUACUGGAGGCCUUUCAAUAACUUCCCAAGUCAGGAUGAGAUUAUACAAAAUUGUGUCAUGAUUUCACUCAGUCAUGUGUUGGACAAUUCCAGCUCUCUUAUUGUCAUUGGUUCUGGCAGCAUAGGUAGGGAGCAAAUAAUCCUUGCCAUUGCUUUGGCAUUAGACUGUCAUAUAUGGGCCACCAAGGGCAAGCAGGAAAUUCUACGAAGUAUGGGUAACAGCAAAAUCUUGUCAAGGUUAACUAAUGAUAAAUUUUCUGCUAGAGUUCAUGUGCUACCAGAGAGAUACAUUAAACCCAGGAACCUAGCAAAUUAUAUAGAUACCUUAGAGCCUACCUAUACAGUAGUCAUUGGCCUUCAUUUGACUGGAUGGGAGCAUGUUGAAGGCAACAAGUAUCCUGCUUAUUUGAAACCAAAACAACUUGGGAAUGUUUACAUAUAUAGUAUUCCUUAUUCUGAACAUUCAAGCUAUGGAGAGCUAAGAAGAUUUGUGCAGUUUCUUCACCCUAAGAAGAUUAUACCAACAGUUUUUCCUAGGAACAAAUAUGCUCUAGAGCAAAUGAGAUGUACUCUUGUAGAGUGGGAAAAAGCAGGAAAUAAUAUACAUUACAGAGAGAUUAGUUAAAAGAAUGAAAUUUAACCUCUAACAAAUCGUUUUCCAUGUGAAAGAAGUUUUUAUUUCAUAUUAUAAUGUUGAAUCAUCUGAAUUUGGAUGCAUUAUAGCUAUGUGAUGAUAGGAAAGUCAAUUUUGUGGGUUGAAUAACUACGUUUGGAAAGCUCCGAAUUUUACCAAAGAAGCAGAAUGAAAGAUCAGGUAGAACAAGUCUAGUAGACCCAUAGCUAAAGAUUUUUAGUGUAUUUUGUAAAUUAUGGUAGUUUUAGCCAUCUUGUGUAGUCAUUAGUUAUGUCUUUGAGUGCCCUCAGACACUGCAAACUGUUGUCCAAGGAUUGGAGAAAAAUCAAAUAAUGCACAAGUACUAGUUGUAUUUAACUUUGCACUGUAGUAAGCUUUUUGUGCUCCUGGUACCAGUUGAUGUGAUUUGUGUAUUAGUAUUAGUUUUACACUUUUUACAUUAUUGUGUCAUGUACAGUCAUACAUAUAUGUUUUACAAUUAUGCUGCACCUUUCUUGUCUCUUUAGCAUGUCUUAGGGUACUUAUGUAGACCUAUGGAGUUUCCAAGUUAUUGGGUUGUUUAAAUUAUGCCUUUUUGUCAGAUCAAGGGCCCCACACACCCUAAAUCGGCCCCUGAGUCAUGUAUAUGUUUUAUAAGUAUGCUUCAAUUUGCUUCUCUGUUUAAGAUGUUUUUUAGAGUACGUAUGUACAUAUGUAGACCUUUGGAGCUUCCAGAUCAUUGUUAUGCCUAAGGCAAACCUGGGUAAGGAACAUCUUUUGUGUAUCUGUGGUCAUGGACAAGAUUAUGUUCCCAGGCUCACCUUAGGGACAUGUCAUGGAUGGUCAUUCAGGCUAUGGGAACAGCUGCUGACUUAUUACUUAUGUAAUUUGCAACUGCACCAUAUACCUCAGGCUUUAGGGGUGCAGGAGAGAUGCUGGGCAUAUAUAUUUUUUACUUGGUUCCGAAGUUGACGGAGGGGUGGCACAAUCUAUCCUGAGACACUGAGCAUGUUUUGCGCUCUCAUCCUUUUUCAGCAUGGAAACAGUUGGCUUUGGCAUGACCUUUUGGUAUCCAUGGACCUCAGAGGUGAAUACUUCCAUGUACUAAUACUGCCACCUUUGGGAAGAUAUCUUAGGUUUGUUGGGCUAUAGUAUACCAAUGUAAGAUUGUGUUGUAGACUAGUGGUUGUUCCCACGUUGUUUACUGGGACAUUGUCCUCAACUACGUAUUGAUGUUUUCCAGGAGCUUAGUCUUCCAGUCAACUGGGACAGUUUGGAUGUGGUGUUAUUAAGAAAUGCUACAUACUUGUGGAUGGACAUAGACACUGAGAUACAGUAGCAUACAGAGAUAAUGGACCAUGAUAUAUCUUACUUUCAGAGAUAUAUUGAUGCAAAAUGGAAAUAUCAAUAUGAGGGUUUUUGCCUCUGUAUUUAGUGCCAAAUAUCUAACAUAUAUCCACUAUAAGUAUCAUAUUAUAAAAUACAAGCAUAACGAAUAUGGAUCUUUUCAAUGGCUCUUAUAAAAAGUUAUACUUUACUUCACUGUAUCCAAUACUAAUCUGGUAUAUAUUUUCAUAUUAUUAUGUAUUAUGUUUUAAAAUCCAGACAUAGUGAUCAAUGUUUCGGUUUGGAAAUCAGCUGAGGGUGAUUACAAGGUAAGUUUAUUUUGCCAUAUCUAGCUCAAUUCAGAGCAAUUUUCUUGCAUCUAUACUCUGUUUUUUUUAUCCAUCUGCCUGUGGUGUUUUUGUAUGGUAACACUGCGUCCCGGGCUUAAGAUAGUGACAUUCAGCUUACAUUCAACGAUUAUAAUAAUAUCCUAUUUCGAAUAUUAACGGUGUAAUUCGCAUACAGUAAAUUAUUAAAACACUUUUCAGUUGCAAAUGUACACCCAGAUAUCCUUUUAUUUACCUAAAACUUAUACAUAGCGUAACUAUCUAAAGCCCGGGACGCAGUGUUACCAUACAAAAACACCACAGGCGGAUGGACAGAUGAAAAAAAACAGAGUAUAGUUUAUAAAAAGUGUUUUUAAGUCAAAACACGACUUAUAUAGGUCUUGUUGCGAACUAAAUUUAGUUAUUUUUUUCAUUAGUAGAUGGCACUGGUGAUUCAGUUUGCUAUUUUCUCUUGAUUCCAUCAUGAGAGCUUUACAUAUUUAUCUUUUAUCGCCGUGAAAACAACAGUAAAAAGUGUUCUUUCAUGCUCAGUAGUUUGAAUUAGAAUGCUUUUCUCUCAAAUUUUAUUUAGGGUUGAGUUUGUUGGCAUAUCAAAGUUUAUGGGAGGGUUGUUGGCAUAUCAAAGUUUAUGGGAGUUCAGUCCAUAUUGCUGAUGCACAGUAAUUUAUAGUUAUUAAGCAGCUUGAACAUUGUUUUCUCAGCUUCAGCUACAACUUGCAGCUUAACUUUGUAGUGUGGCAUAGUAUAUUUCCUUGCCAAUCUUUUUUCCUUAGCAAAUAGGUUAUAAUGUAAAAAUAUAUCAGUCCUAUUAUAUUUAACGUCAUUUGUAACAACAAUGGUACUAAUUGUUUACUAUCGUUCAAUGGUUGAAAUGCGAUUCGGUUGUUCUUAGCAAAACAGCUGUUUUUCCUUCAGUUGUAACAUUACUAACAAUACAGGUAUUGUCUGACUUACAAUGGGGUUAGGUUCCAAAAACCCUGUCAUUUGUUGGAAAAGUCAUAUCUCGAAUUUAGCAUAGCCUGCACUAGGGUAUUCAGCACUAUCUAUCCAUAUAUGUAUUGUAACCUAACCUACACUAUACAGUAUAAUUUAUAUAUAUGUAUACAGUGGAACCUCGACAUACGAAAGUCCCAACUUACGAAAAAUCCAAGUUAUGAAAGCAAAGACGAAGAUUUUUUUGCUUCUGCAUAUGAAAAUAAUUCAGAUUACGAAAGGGUGUUAUUGUAAAGUCUCGAGAUUCGCCCAGACCACCAAGAACACUUUUAAAACUCGGGCGCCUCUAACUCUGUAGACUCGCCACCAUCCUCCCACUCUCCCAUUGGGUCUUGGUGCCAGUCACCACCGUAAGAUCCUGCUCUCCUAUUGGUCAGGAUCUAUCCCAUCAUGCCUCUACGUAAAGGCGUCCUUCGGCCACUUCGUCGCACCAGCGUUAUUGUACGCGCGGUGAAUUCGUUCGUUCACAUAUACGUAUUUUGUUUGUUGACAUAAAUUCGUGUUACUUAUUUCGCUUUCUAUUUUAUUGUGUUGUGUGCUGAAGUUCACGGAAAGAAGAGGAUGCUUUCUAUGGAGACAAAGAUGCAGAUUGUUAAAAAGUGUGAAGCUGGCAUGCGGUUGAGUUUGAUCGCUAAGGAAUACGGCCGAAAUCCGUCGACGAUAGGCACCAUCCUUAAGCAGAAGGAAGCCUUCAAAGCAGCUACACCUUCCAAGGGCGUGACUAUUUUGUCCAACAAGAGGAGCCACGUGCAUGAUGAAAUGGAGAGGCGGCUUCUUGUAUGGGUAAAAGACAAAGAAAACGCUGGCGAUACAAUAACCGAGAUGGCAAUCUGCCAGAAGGCCAGCGCUAUUUUCGGUGAUCUUAUUGCCCAGGCCGAAGACGACGGAGGAGAAGGGACAUUGACACCAAAUUGUUGUAUUUCAUUGUUUAUUGGUCAAUUUAGCUUUAUUAUAAAAUUUACUGUGGUGUUUUUGUAGGGCUUGGAACGAAUUAGGCAAUAUAUAUGUAAAAUGUGGUUCAAGAUACGAAAAAAUCAGGUUACAAAGGCCGCUUCGGAACGGAUUAAUUUUGUAUCCUGAGGCACUACUGUAUAUCUAAAUUAGGGCCAAGUAGUAUUGGCCUUGUCCAAAAAGGCAACUUGGCAACGUCCACCUCUAUGAAUAUCUUGGCAGACACCUUAGAAAAAACAAGACUGCACAUAGCAUUCCUGCCACUGUUCUCAGAACCAUUAAAUCUGGGGCUAGACCAAAUUCCAAGAUACAAAAAUAGAAUCUUUAUUUCCCCAAAAACUAAAAAGAUAAUGAAAAUGAAAUUAAUUGAAAACCCAACUAAAAAUGAUGUAAUCUCAAAUGAUACCACACCAGUUCCCACAUAUGGUCACAAUAGCUCACAUAGAUAUCAUUAUUUUCCCCAAACUAAGAAAUUAAAACAUGUCAGGUAAAUGAAAGUCAGAAUUCCUAAUUUGGCAACAUGAACCCACCAGAGGGAAUAGAAAUCAUAACCUUCAGAAAUCAAAACUGAAAAUGGAUGUGCAUAAAAGACAGCACUGGGAGUAAAAAUAAGAAAAUGUUUCUGUAUACUACAUGGAAGAAAAACUUAUUAGAAAUUCAAUGUUUUUUUUUACUGUACUUUGGCUUCUUUCGGGCCACCUGUAAAUGUUUAAUGUUCAACAAAAGUCUAGCAACCUCCAACACUAAAUAGUUUCUUUCUUUUUACUUUAUAGUAUGUAGAUCUUGUGUGCCCCGCUAAAGGGCUUGUUGUCUAAUCCUGACUUACCCAUUCUACUCAUUCACUUGGAAUAUAUUGCUUCUUGCACACACUUUGAUGGGCGUACAAAUGCAACUAUGCUAGUCUUCUCACAGUUCUGAUAUUCGUAUGUACGAACACACUAAAUUGUUCUAGAAUGUUAUAUAUGAUGUCAUUAUCAGGUUACAAUGUAAGUCACGUAGUCCACCCGCUGUGUCAAUUUGCACACUCGCGCUUCUGUCUCCACAAUUCUAUGUAUUUUUCCAAAUUGGCAUCUGCCCAAACCAUUCACCUGGGCUGCUAAAUGAAGAUUCCAGUCAAGUUCAUUGCUCUCUAGAGAGUAUGCACCUUUGUAACCUCUUUUCAUAGGGUGGCGAACACAUAUACGGUAUGGAAGUAAUUAAUAAUAUCAGGUAAUUCUGUAGUUCAUUGAAGAUUAACUUAUGAUAAUUCAGUACAAAAAGAAAUUCAACACUAACAAAAUUCAGAAGUGUAUGUUCUGUAAGGGGUACUCGCCAAGAUUUGGUCCAUUGCCAGCAUACAUGAAUGGCAUCAUAUAACAAGAAAUCGGAAGAGGAGGAGGAUAAUAAAGCAGCAGGAUUAUCAGCUUGCUCCUCUUCAAAUAGUACACUACUCCCCUACUUUUAUGCGGGAAUAAGUUCCAGAACCUUCCUCAGAAAUGCAAAAUUCCCCUCUAAAAAUGCUCAUAACUGCCAAAUACCAGUACUCCUUAAACUAGAAUGCUUAUAACUGUCUAUUUCAACUUUUCACUGCUUAACUUGAUAGUUCAAAUAAAAUAUGCCUUAAAUUAUCUUAUUAAAACAAUGUAAUACAAUUUCAAGCAAAAAUACACCCCAAACCAUCAUCGCAUAACAUCCUUGGUCAUCUUAGAUUAGUACCCUUUAAGUAUAUAUGCCCCUUAAAAUGCUUAUAACAAUGAUUUAUCAUAUUGAAAUAUUAAUGUUAAUAUAAACAGCAAAAUAUCAAUAAAAUAUUAAAUACAAAUUAAAUAAAUCUUUAAUACAAAUUAAAAUAUGUCUUACAGAAAGUUUGACAACUAAUCAACUUACUGCUGUACUCUAUACAUAAAAUAAGCCCUCUUUCAUGAUAUUAAAGUUAAAAACAUUUAAAAUGAUCACUAAUCCCCCUCCUGUUUAUUCAUUAAUUACUGAAUUUUUCAUAUUGUGUUCAUGACUAAUUGCAGAUUUUUAUGAUGCAAAUAAUUUACAGUGUACUUACUUAUAAUGUAGUAAUGUUCAGUUAAGCCCAUUCCAGGUUAGCCUUGGACUGAGCAUAAUAGGUGUAUGCUCUCUCUCUCUCUCUCUCUCUCUCUCUCUCUCUCUCUCUCUCUCUCUCUCUCUCUCUCUCUCUCUCUCUCUCUCUCUCUCUCUCUCUCUAUUACUGUAAGUGUUUUGGAUGAUAAGAGCAUAUUGUACUUUACAGUGUAGUUAUGUAUCUGUUAAGCUCAUUCCAGGUUGGACCCCUGACUGAUCAUAAUAGGUGUACAAUCUCUCUCUCUCUCUCUCUCUCUCUCUCUCUCUCUCUCUCUCUCUCUCUCUCUCUCUCUC